UUCCGGCUUCCGCAUUCCAGACCCGCCAGGACUCAGAUUCUCCCCAGAUCCCGAGGAUGCGGGUCACGGCGCCCCGAACCCUCCUCUUGCUGCUCUCGGGGGCCCUGGCCCUGACCGAGACCUGGGCGGGCUCCCACUCCCUGAGGUAUUUCUACACCGCCUUGUCCCGGCCCGGCCGCCGCGAGCCCCUGCACAUCGCCGUCGGCUACGUGGACGACACGCAGUUCGUGCGGUUCGACAGCGACGCCGCGAGUCCGAGGACGGAGCCGCGGGCGCCGUGGGUGGAGCAGGAGGGGCCGCAGUAUUGGGAAGAAGAGACGCGGAUCUACAAGGAGCACGCACGGAUUUUCGGAGUGGAACUUAACACCCUGCGCGACUAUUACAACCAGAGCGAGGCCGGGUCUCACACCAUCCAGGUGGUGCUUGGCUGCGACGUGGGGCCAGACGGGCGCGUCCUGCGCGGUUACGGGCAGUCCGCCUACAACGGCGCGGAUUACCUCGCCCUGAACGAGGACCUGCGCUCCUGGACCGCGGCACACACGGUGGCUCAGAUCACCCGGCGCAAGUUGGAGGCGGCCGGUGCAGCGGAGCGCUACAGGAACCUCCUGGAGGGCACGUGCGUGGAGUGGCUCCACAGAUACCUGGAGAACGGGAAGGAGACGCUGCAGCGCACAGACCCCCCAAAGACUUAUGUGACCCACCACCCCAUCUCUGACCAUGAGGUCACCCUGAGGUGCUGGGCCCUGGGCUUCUACCCUGCGGAGAUCACCCUGACCUGGCAGCAGGACCGGGAGGACCUGACCCAGGACAUGGAGCUUGUGGAGACCAGGCCUGUGGGGGACGGGACCUUCCAGAAGUGGGCAGCUGUGGUGGUGCCUUCUGGAGAGGAACAGAGAUACAUGUGCCAUGUGCAGCAUGAGGGGCUGCCUGAGCCCCUCACCCUGAGAUGGGAGCCGCCUCUUGAGUCCACCAUCCCCUUUGUGGGCAUCGUUUCUGGCCUGGUUCUCUUUGUGGUCACUGGAGCUGUGGUGGCUGGAGUUGUGAUCUGGAGGAAGAAGCGCUCAGGUAGGGAAGGAUUGUGGUCUGAGUUUUCUUGUGGCAAAGGAGGGAGCUACACUCAGGCUGCAAGCAGUGACAGUGCCCAGGGCUCUGAUGUGUCUCUCACAGCAGGUGAGACCCUGGAGGCCUGAAUUGGGGAGGGGUUGGGGCAGAGGGGACAGGGCUAGGUUUUGGGGAUUCUUUGAUUGAUCAGGACAUUUAAAGCAUGCAGUGGGCUGUUCAGAAUGUCACUAAUUACAGCGAGUGACUUAAAUUUGUUCAUAAUUAUUUUCUUCUAUAGCGUGAGAUGGCUGCCUUGUGGGGAACUGAGUGAUGCAAAAUUUGUUCAUCCCACCCCGAUUGUGACUUCAGGAAUCUCUGACUUCUGUUUCUGCAAAGGGCAUCUGAGUGUGUCUACGUUCCUAUUAGCAUAAUGAGAGGAAGUGGAGAGACCGAUCUCCCUUGUGACCCCCUCCCCACACUGACCUGUGUUCUCUUUCCUGAUCGACUUUCCUGUUCUAGCAGAGACGUGGCUGGGCCAUCUCCAUCCCUGUCUUACUUUCGUGUUGCACUGAGCUAUAACUUUUUACUUCCUUAUUGAAAGUAAGAAUCUAGAUAUGAACUUGUUUUUUCAAAUUCUUGCUGUGAGGGAUUGGUGGAUUAAUUAAAGGAGAAGAUUCCUAAAAUUUGAGAGGGGAAAUAAAUGGAAGCACUGAGAACCUUCCAGAA